AUGGAUAAUAUAAUCGAAAACUCACUUAAUUUUUGGUAGCAAAGACUCAAUAAUUCAUCUUAAACAGAAACUAAAAUAUUAUUCAAGAAGAAAUAAAGAUCAAUAGUUGACAGAGUAGUGAUAGAAUCGGCAGAAUAUUGGAAAAAGAUAGCUGAUGAAUUUUCAUCUAAAAGUUCCACAAAUAGAUCUGUUUAAAGUUUAUCAUCAUAACAUAAUUAAUAAAUUUCUGAUUGCUGA